CCCCGCACCACCGCACGCACACCUCUCCACUCUUCACAAUGGCAGGCUGGGUUUACCGCGAGAACAACGUCCCCAAGUACCAGGCGUACUUCCAGAAGCACGAUGGUCUCAGGACCUGGGAGAAGGCCCGCGGCAAGUGGAUGAUCCCCGCCUACAAGGCCGUCCUCUACACGUCUUUGAGUGCCUCCAUGUACAUGAUGGGCCGUCUUGUUCUCGGACACAAGACCUGGUUCGGCAAGAACUAAGCUACGCGCACGAUGGUGUUGGUGGGGGCCG